AUGCCAACCAUUGACUUUACCUUCAAAGUACGAAAAUGUGAACCAGAAGUGAUUGUUCCAGCAAAUCCUACACCCCAUGAAUUUAAGCAACUAUCAGAUAUGGAUGAUCACCAAAGCUUAAGAUUUCAAAUUCCAUUACUAAAUUUCUAUGAACAUAAUCCAAAUUUAGAAGGGAGAGACUCAGUGAAGAUAAUAAAAGAAGCAAUUGCAAGGACGUUGGUGUUUUAUUAUCCUUUUGCAGGAAGACUAAGAGAAGGGCCGGGUAGAAAGCUAUUUGUAGAAUGUACCGGUGAAGGAAUCUUGUUCAUUGAAGCAGAUGCAGAUGUAACCUUGGAACAAUUUGGCGAUGCUCUUCAAUUUUCAUCUUCACUUUCAUGGAGUAAGUGCUGCACAAUCGCAAAGUUCUCUGCCAAGAAAAGUGCUAUUGCUCGUCUUCAUCCAACUCCUUUUAAAUACAUCUUUCAUCCUCACACUCACUCAUUCACUAUAUUUUCACAUACCUCUCUAUUUCGUGUAUCAAUAAUGCCAACCAUUGACUUUACCUUCAAAGUACGAAAAUGUGAACCAGAAGUGAUUGUUCCAGCAAAUCCUACACCCCAUGAAUUUAAGCAACUAUCAGAUAUGGAUGAUCACCAAAACUUAAGAUUUCAAAUUCCAUUACUAAAUUUCUAUGAACAUAAUCCAAAUUUAGAAGGGAGAGACUCAGUGAAGAUAAUAAAAGAAGCAAUUGCAAGUACGUUGGUGUUUUAUUAUCCUUUUGCAGGAAGACUAAGAGAAGGGCCGGGUAGAAAGCUAUUUGUAGAAUGUACCGGUGAAGGAAUCUUGUUCAUUGAAGCAGAUGCAGAUGUAACCUUGGAACAAUUUGGCGAUGCUCUUCAAUUUUCAUCUUCACUUUCAUGGUUUCAAGAUGUUAUAUACAAUGUUCCAAAUUCUGAUAGUAUGGUUAAUUCUCCAUUAUUACUCAUUCAGGUGACACGACUCAAGUGUGGUGGUUUCAUUUUUGCUAUUCGUCUUAAUCAUACAAUGGCCGAUGGUUUCGGCCUCGUCCAACUCAUGAAGGCUAUAGCAGAGAUAGCUCGUGGAGCCUAUGCUCCAUCAAUUUUUCCAGUAUGGCAAAGAGCUCUCUUAACCGCAAGGGACCCUCCCAGAAUAACUUGUCGCCACCCUGAAUACGACCAAGUUCCUGUCACCAACGACACCGCCAUUCCAAUCGACAACAUGGCCCACCGCUUCAUAUUUUUUAGUCCUCUCAAAAUCUCAGCCCUUCGUCAAACCUUACCCGCGCACCUUCGCCAUUGUUCAUCCUUCGAGCUCAUCGCAGCCUAUGUUUGGCGCCUCCGAACCAUAGUCCUCCAACUGAGCCCAGAGGAGAAAGUGUGCUUUGUUUUCCCUGUAAAU